AUGAAGCUGAUCUUUGUCCUGUCGCAUCUUUCGCGACCCCCAGAUCCAACAUUGCUCUCAUCGGAUACGCUGUUCAUCAACUCGCGUCGAUCCAACAAGGCCAAAGCGGCAUAUCUUUACCCGGUUCCAUUGCUUGCACCGCGUCUCAGCAAUAUUACCGCCACCACCAAUCUUGCCAAAGCCCUUGCAGGCGCGACCUAUUGA